AUGGCAAUGAAUAAAAGGCUUCAAAGAGAAUUUCAAGAAAUGCAGACCAAUGGAGUGAAGUCAUUUGAAGGACUAAAAGUGGAUGAAAGUAAUUUUUAUGUAUGGGAAGGGUUGAUUACUCCAGAAAAACCUCCUUAUAAUAAAGGUGCCUUUCGCAUACAAAUCACAUUUCCAAGAGAUUACCCAUUCAAACCUCCUACUGUUUUAUUUAAAACGAAGAUCUACCAUCCCAACAUAGAUGAAAAUGGCCAAGUUUGCCUUGGUAUUAUUUCGACUGAAAACUGGAAACCUGCUACUAGGGUAGAAGCUGUAAUCGCAGGUUUGGUGAAAUUAAUUAAUGAUCCAGAACCUGCACACCCAUUGAGAGCUGACAUAGCUGAAGAAUUUGAUAAGAACAAGAAAAAAUUCAUGAAAUCAGCAGAAGAACAUACAAAAAAGUAUGCUGAAAAAAGGGAGUAA